CAAAGCUCAAACCAACCAGAUCAGCCCAAAGCAAAACACCAAACAUACACCUUCUCGCUUUUGUUUCCCCUGUACUUUCACGCUCCACUUCUUUUUCUAACUCUCGCCGGCAAUGGAGGCCAACCCAGACCGGCACGAUUUCAUCUUUCGGUCCACCCUCCCUGACAUUUACAUCCCAAAUCACCUCCCUUUGCAUACUUACUGCUUUGACAACAUUUCCCACUUUAAAGAUCGUCCUUGCUUGAUCAAUGGUCCUACUGGUCGGAUUUAUUCUUAUGCCGAAGUCGAGCUCACUUCUCGGAAAGUGGCCGCCGGACUCAACAAAUUCGGCAUCCAACAGGGAGAUGUUAUCAUGCUUUUGCUUCAGAACUCGCCGGAAUUCGUCUUUGCUUUCCUUGGUGCAUCGUUCCGAGGAGCAAUCAGCACUACCGCCAAUCCCUUUUACACGCCGGCGGAGAUUGCGAAACAGGCGACGGCGUCCAAAACUAGGCUGCUUAUAACUCAAGCGGUUUACGCGGAGAAAGUGAAGAAUUUCGCUAAAGAAAACGACAUCAAGAUCGUGACGAUAGAUACGCCACCGGAGGGUUGUUGGCAUUUCUCGGAGUUGAUUCAGGUGGACGAGGAUGAAAUCCCAGCCGUCAAGAUCAACCCAGACGAUGUUGUGGCCCUUCCGUACUCAUCUGGAACUACGGGGUUACCGAAAGGGGUGAUGUUGACUCAUAAAAGUCUCGUAACAAGCGUGGCCCAACAGGUUGAUGGAGAGAAUCCCAACCUUUAUUUCCACGAGAGAGAUGUGAUUCUCUGCGUGCUGCCUUUAUUCCACAUAUAUUCACUUAAUUCCGUGUUGCUCUGCUCUUUGAGAGUAGGGGCUGCAAUCUUGAUCAUGCAGAAGUUUGAGAUUGUGACGUUAAUGGAGCUUGUGGAGAAAUACAAGGUAACCAUCUCCCCUUUCGUUCCGCCCAUCGUUUUGGCCAUUGCCAAGACUCCGGACGUCCAUAAAUACGACCUUUCGUCUAUCCGAAUGGUGAUGUCCGGCGCUGCUCCAAUGGGAAAGGAGCUAGAGGAUGCUGUUAGAGCCAGACUUCCAAACGCUAAACUGGGACAGGGCUACGGGAUGACUGAGGCAGGGCCGGUGCUGGCCAUGAACUUGGCUUUUGCGAAACAGCCGUGGGAGACAAAAUCUGGUGCAUGUGGCACGGUCGUAAGGAAUGCGGAAAUGAAGAUUGUGGAUCCCCAAACUGGGGCCUCGCUUCCACGAAAUCAGUCGGGGGAAAUUUGCAUUCGGGGUGCUCAGAUCAUGAAAGGUUAUCUCAAUGAUCCUGAAGCCACAGAGAGAACAAUAGACAAAGAUGGAUGGUUGCGCACAGGUGACAUUGGCUACAUUGACGAUGAUGAUGAACUUUUCAUUGUUGAUCGAUUGAAGGAACUAAUAAAGUACAAAGGCUUUCAAGUGGCACCUGCUGAGCUCGAAGCAAUGUUGAUUUCCCAUCCUAACAUCUCCGAUGCCGCUGUUGUACCUAUGAAAGAUGAAGCAGCCGGAGAGGUUCCAGUUGCAUUCGUUGUGAGAUCCAAUGGUUCCAAGAUCACCGAGGAUGAGAUUAAACAAUUCAUCUCAAAGCAGGUUGUGUUUUACAAGAGGCUUGGCCAGGUUUUCUUCACGGAUGCCAUCCCUAAAGCUCCCUCAGGCAAGAUUUUGCGGAAAGACCUACGAGCAAAGCUUGCUGCCAUGUAGAAAAUGCUAUCAGCAGAUGUACCCAACUAGCCUAAAUGUGUUGCGCUGGUGAUUUUUAAUCACAAGGAAUUGAAUUUGUCACUUUUGGAAAACCGAGAGUUGAGGAUCAGAGGAAACUGGUACUCUAUUGGGGCUUUUCAUGAAAAUGUUUGUAGUUCUUUAUGUAUAUGAUUUUGUGGACAAAUUGGAAAGAAAAAAAAAACAGA